AUGAUAGAAUAUGCUGUCGGUAUUGAUUUGGGAACGUCAUACUCAUGUGUCAGUGUUUGGCAUAAUGAUAGAGCCGAAAUUAUUGCUAACGAUUAUGGUUAUCGUAUAACACCAUCAUAUGUCGCUUUCACUAAUUCGGAAAUUCUUAUUGGAGAUGCUGCCAAAAAUCAAAUUUCUUUAAACCCUCAUAAUACCGUUUUUGAUAUUUGUCGUCUUAUUGGUCGUAGUUUCCACAAUCUUGAAGCCCAAUCUUACUGGCCAUUUACAGUCAUCGAAAAGAAUGAAAAACCGUAUAUUCGUGUCACGUAUAAAGGCGAAAAGAAAGAUUUUACACCUGAGGAAAUUGUAUCAAUGUUAUUGGUAAAAAUGAAAGAAACCGCAGAGUAUUACCUUGGCGGAGAAGUUAGAAAUGUUGUAAUUACUGUACCAACUUAUUUUAAUAUUUCACAAUAUCAAGCUAUAAAGGAUGCUGGUUUAAUAGCCGAUUUGGAUAUAAUUCGUAUCGUUAAUUCUCCAACUACGGCGGCUAUUACUUACGGGUUGAACACGAAAACUAAUAAAGAAAGAAAUGUUCUUGUCUUUGAUUUGGGAGGUGGUACUUGUAGCGUCUCUAUUUUAACCAUUGAUGAUGAAAUUUUUGAAGUAAAAGCCGUUGCUGGUAACAAUCAUCUUGGUGGUGAAGAUUUUGAUGAUCGUCUUAUAAAUCAUUUUGUACAAGAAUUCAGAAAAAAAUUUAAUAAGGAUCUUACUUCCGAUAAGCGUGCUCUCUGUCGUUUAAGGAAUAAUUGUGAAUAUGCAAAACGUUCACUUUCAGCAUCAAUUAGUGUAAACAUUGAAAUUGAUUGUCUUCUCGAUUAUAUCGACUUUUAUAUUUCUUUAACACGUGGCGAAUUCGAAGAAUUGAAUCAAGAUUUGUUUCAAUCUGCAAUGAAACCUAUUGAGAAAGUACUUCGAGAUGCUAAAAUUGAAAAAUAUCAAGUUCAUGAAAUAUGUUUAGUUGGUGGCUCAUCACGUAUUCCCAAGAUUCAAAAAAUGAUAUCUAAUUACUUCAAUGGCAAAGAACUAAAACUUAUUAAUCCCGAUGAAGCAUCUGCUCGUGGUGCCGCAGUGCAAGCUGCUAUUUUAUCUAGUGAUACUUUUGAAAAAGUUCGAAAUAUUCUUUUACUUGAUGUUACCUCUUUAUCUCUUGGUAUUGAGACUUCUGGCAGUGUCAUUACUCCGAUUAUUAAGCGUAAUACCAAGUUACCUUCCAAGAAAGCUGAAAUAUUCAAAAUUUUUGCUAAAAAUUUAUUUUCUUUUACAGAAUCUUUAUAUAUUGAUACUAAUCCUGAAAAUAAAUCUAGUGUAUUGAUUCAAGUAUAUGAAGGUGAACGUUCCAAAAUAGGAAAUAACAAAUUACUCGGAAAGUUUGAAUUGACAAUUUCUUCAGUACCACAAAUUGAAGUCACUUUCAAACUUGAUCUCAACUAUAUAUUAAAAGUUUCUGCUGUUGAUAAAUCAAUGGGUAAAUCACAUAAAAAAAAAAUAAUCAUCACUAUUGGAUUGUCAAAGGAGGAAAUCAAAUUCAUGGUCGCCGAAGCUAAGAAAUAUCGUGCAGAAAAAGAAAAAAUUGUACAAAAAAUGCAAGCACGAAAUGACUUUGAAAGUUACACGUACAUCUUAUGUAACUUAGUUCGAUGUGUCGAUAAUAUGGAUAAAGUUUAUGAUGCAAUACAAGAGUCAAUUACAUGGUUCAAUAAUAACGAAGAGGCAGAGAAGGAUGAAUAUGAACAUAAGCAAAAAUUACUCAAAGAAAUUGUCAGUCCAAUAAUGAAGAAACUUAAUAUCACGGAUGAAACUCUAUUAUUUGAUGUAUUGGCCAUUUAG